AUGCCACCAAAGAAAGGAAAACACGGGGAAGAAGAAGCCAAACUUCUUCUAGGAAGACCGGGUAACAACUUGAAGUCGGGAAUCGUCGGUCUUGCCAAUGUUGGUAAGUCGACGUUUUUCCAGGCUGUGACCAGAUCUCCAUUGGGUAAUCCAGCCAAUUAUCCAUUUGCGACGAUUGAUCCAGAAGAGGCAAGAGUGAUUGUUCCAUCUACGAGAUUGGACAAGUUGUAUGAGAUGUACAAGCCACCAAAGAAGGUCCCUGCAUUUAUCACAGUGUAUGAUAUUGCUGGUUUAACAAAGGGAGCCAGUAAAGGAGAAGGAUUAGGUAAUGCAUUUUUAGCAAAUAUCCGAGCAGUCGAUGCCAUUUAUCAGGUGGUUCGAUGCUUUGAUGAUGCUGAGAUCACUCAUAUCGAAGGAGAUGUCAAUCCAGUUAGGGAUUUGGAUAUCAUCAGUAGCGAAUUGAGAUUGAAGGACAUUGAGUUUUCCAACAAGCACUUGGAGUCAGUUCUUAAGGUUGCCGAGCGAGGAGGACAAUCUUUAGAGGUGAAGAAGGCCAAAGAAGAGGUUGAGAUUGUCAAAAGAGUGAUUAAGCUAUUGGAAGAUGGACAGAGAGUGGCCAAUCGUGAAUGGAAUGCACGUGAAGUUGAGGUAAUCAAUUCGAUGCUUCUUUUGACUGCCAAGCCGUGCAUUUAUUUGGUCAAUUUGAGUGAAAGAGACUAUAUUCGUAAGAAGAACAAGUGGCUAUCAAAAAUCAAAGCAUGGGUGGAUGAGUACUCUACUGGAGAUGCCAUCAUUCCUUUGUCGAUCUGUCUUGAGGAAAGGUUGUCACACUUGGAGACAGAUGAAGAUAGAGAAGUUGAAGAGAAGAAGGUUGGAGCUAAGUCUGCACUUCCAAAGAUCAUUACAGCAAUGAGAAAGAACCUUCAUUUGAUCUCUUUCUUUACUGCGGGAGAGACUGAUGAAGUGAGAGAAUGGACAGUGAGAGAGGGGAUUAAGGCCCCUCAAGCAGCUGGUGUUAUUCAUACUGAUUUGAUGAGGACAUUUAUUUUGGCCAAUGUGAUGAAGUAUGAUGAUCUAGUUGAACUGGGUAGUGAAAGUAAUGUUAGAGCAGGUGGAAAGUUGUUACAGAAGGGUAAGGAUUAUGUUGUUGAGGAUGGGGAUGUGAUUUACUUCAAGGCAGCAGCGGGAAAGAGCUAG